UAUCUGAUACCGAGUUGUCGUAACGUCACGGAAUAUACACUACAACAGGCGUAUUGCAAAUAUAUUUCAUAACGAAAUGGAACCGACAACGUAUUCAUUAACUGCUACGAGCUCUUCGGCCCCGAUAACUACAGCAGCAACUCACACGGAGUUAUUGGCCCUUGCAUGGAUUAUACCAACAGUACUUGGAGUCAUCUUCGUCCUAGUGUUCCUGGCACUACUGUUUUUCUACUGCAUCAAAUAUACGGAGCUCUGGUUCCUGAGGCGAUGCCCCGAAUGCUGCUGCUGUUGUCUGCCAGGCGGCGGGGGACCACGGGACGAGUAUAUACACUUGAAUUCGUCUUUUGAUCCGCAGAGGGACGACUCAUUUCAUUGGGAUAGGUGACGGCAAAGAAAUGGACUUUAGCUAACGCCUCAAUCGAUGUAUGCAUUCCGAGAUCUGAUCAGUAUUAAAUGAAAAUCGCUUGUAUAUAUACUUUGUGUAGUUGUAUUUUUAAACAAUACAUGCAAAUUUCUGUAAAUAUGGAAUUGUUUGGGAUGCUUUCCUACUACAGUAAUUGAAAUGGCUAGUAAAACAUAAUCGACGGGAUUCAAAUGCAGUUGUGCAAUCAUAACGUAAAUAGUAUAAAUAUUAUAAUAUGUGCAAGUUGUGUUGUCGUUGGUUUUUGACAUAGUGUGCCGAAAAUGGUGUAAUGCUUAACAUUAUGUUCCAUGCAUUCCAAUAAAAAUAUGAAAUCACAAUGUAAUGUGACACCUGAAAUAGUGCGUAAUUUGCCAUCCGAUAAUCAAAGAACUGAGAGGGCUGAAUGCAGCAGGACGUUGAUCGAACUGAAAGUGUUGUUUUGAAUGAAAUUGCCUUUAACUUGGAGAUGCCUCCAAAUGGAAACAUCGGAAUUUCAAAUUGAGACGAACUGAGUCGGUACGCGUAUUUUAGACAUAAAGCAAGCACGAGUAUAAUUUAUCUAAGUUAAGUGCAUAUUCAUCAAACUUAAAUAACUCCGUUGCUAUUAAAGUUCUUUGGUCAUUGUUGAA